UUUUGGUUGUUAUCAUCGAUAGCUAGCUUGUUCUCUAGUUUCUGAACUCUGACCCCGUCAUCUUCUUCUCCUUUCUUUGCUUUUAGGUUCGAUCCCGUCUUCUCCGAAUCGUCGAUUCGAUGCAUUGGCAGCUUAGAGCUGAUGGGUUUUGUGGGUACUUUGUUGGAAGUCAUUGGCUUUGGCUUUGGAUUACCGAUUGGACUCUUGAUCGGAUACAUCCUCUUCAUCUUCUACAACAAUCACAGCGAUGUGAAGGAACCCAUUGUUAGACCUCUGAUUGACCUGGACUCAAAGAGCUUGCAUAAAGUCCUACCUGAGAUUCCGGCUUGGUUGAAGCAUCCUGACUAUGACAGAGUUGAUUGGAUGAACAAGUUUAUUUUCGAGAUGUGGCCCUACUUAAAUAAGGCAAUAUGCAACACAAUAAGAAUCACAUUGAGACCCACAUUCGACCAAUACAUUGGGAAGUAUGGUAUAGAGUCCAUCGACUUUGACGACUUUACGCUUGGCAGUUUUCCUCCUACGAUUCAUGGUGUUAAAGUUAUAGAGACUCAAUUAAAUGAACUGGUUAUUGAGCCCAAGGUUCGAUGGGCUGGCAAUUGCAGUAUCACUGUGGCUUUAAAACUUUUUUCCUUUAAAUUUACAGUACAGUUGUUAGAUUUACAAGCAUUCUUGGCCCCUCGUAUUACUCUAAAACCGCUAGUUCCAAGCUUCCCAUGCUUUGCAAGCAUAAUUAUUUCUUUGGUUGAAAAGCCUUUUAUUGACUUCGGGCUUAAGCUGCUUGGCGCUGACAUCAUGGCUAUUCCUAUUUUAUAUCGCUUUGCUCAGGAUAUGAUCUCAUCGGAAAUUUCAAAUAUGUACCAUUGGCCUAAUGAUAUGGAGAUACCAAUUCUGGAUAAUCUUAGUGUAGCCAUCAAGAAGCCAGUGGGCAUAUUACAUGUAAAGGUUGUACGGGCAUUUAACCUCUUGAAGAUGGACAUCCUUGGUAAAUCUGAUCCUUACGUCAAGCUGAGUUUGAGUGAGGAUAGACUACCAUCAAAGAAAACCUCAGUUAAGAUGAGUAAUCUGAAUCCCGAAUGGUAUGAAAAUUUCAAGCUUAUUGUGAAGGAUCCUCAAACCCAAGUUCUUCAGCUGCACUUGUACGACUGGGAAAAGGUAAAAGCACAUGAUAAAUUGGGCAUGCAGGUUGUGCCACUGAGUUCACUUAUCCCUCAUGAGAUGAAGGAAAUUACACUUGAUCUUGUAAAGAACAUGAACCCAAAUGAUCCACAUAAUAAAAAGGAUAGAGGGAAGCUUGUGGUGGAAUUGACAUAUGAACCUUUUAGAGAAGAAGCUAGUGGAGUUUUAGGCGGCGAAGGAAAGCCCGGUAGCCUGACAAGAAGUUAUUCACUAGAAAGCUCAUCUGGUAAUGGUGUUCUUUCUGUAACAAUUGAAAGUGCUGAACAUGUUGAGGGAAAGCAUCACAACAAUCCCUAUGUAGUAAUUCUUUUUAGAGGAGAAACCAAAAAGACCAAGGUUGUCAAGAGAAGCAGGGAUCCAAGGUGGAAUGAAGGCUUUCAGUUCAUGUUAGACGAGCCGCCGGUCAACGAUUUCAUGCACAUUGAAGUUUUGAGCAAAAGAAGGGGCUUAAAUUGUUAUCCCAAGGAAUCUCUUGGCCAUGUUGAUCUUAAGCUCGCAGAUGUUGUCAAUAAUGGGCGCAUCAAUGAGAAGUUUCAUCUCAUAAACUCUAAGAAUGGUGUGAUUCACAUUGAGCUAAUAUGGAGCACUGUCUGAACAACCGGUUAACAGGUGCUGUAAAUUUUUCGUUUGAAUUAUAUUUGAAGGUGGAUUAUAAACAAAGGCUUCGUUUGGGACGGCUUUCUUAUUGCUUCUUAAAGUAGCUUCUCAGUACAAAAAUUAAAAUUAUUGUAUUAAGAAGUUGUUUUAAGAAGCAGAAAGAAAGCCGUCCCAAACGAAACCAAAAUUUAAUACAUUUCUACACCAUUUUGCAUUCAUUUCAAUAAAAUAUUUUUGUGAACCGCAUAGUGGCAUAUAAGAAUC